GCACCACAUCGCACGCUGUGGAAGCACUGUAAUCCUCACGAUUCACCAACCCUCGUCCAGAAUUCAAUUGCUUCUUGACCAUCUGAUCAUCCUUGCUCGAGGGCAGCUCAUGUACCAAGGAUCACCAAAAGAUGUUGCUACCCACCUUGGUCGAAUGGGGCGCAAAGUGCAUAAGGAAGAGAGCCCCAUCGAAUACCUCAUUGAUGUGAUUCAGCAAUAUGAUCAGUCUGAACUCGGGGUUGAGGCACUAGCCGAAUUUGCACGUACUGGAAUGAAACCCCCGCUGUUAGUUGAUGUGGACGUGUCACUUUCGACUGCUAUGCCAACACCAACACCACCGCGCCAUGGCGGACGUGGAAGUGAAGACCUCGAGGACAAGGGAAGGUCUGGAAAACGCCUGCACUUACAAACUAGUACACAUGCAGUCAAUGAUUUUGAUCACAGUGUGAGAAGUCCUUACAGUAAUAAUAAUUCAAGGUCAUGGACUCCAAGCCAUAGUGGAGUUAUGCAGAAACUGCAGAUGUUUACCCCUUCAAGGCAACGAGCAGGCCAAAAGAUGCAAAGCCCCAUGAGUGCAUCUCCAGGCUACAACUAUUCGAGUGAGAUUCUUCCAAGCACACCAACACCCCAUAGCAGUGACUACACAGUGGACGAAAAUGACUAUCGGACCCCAGAUCUUGGUCCAAACACCAAGUCAUACCACCAUCUUGGUCCCAAAUUCGCCAACUCAUUCUUCCCGGAGACUUGGAUUCUCAUGAGGCGUAACUUCAUCAACAUCAGGCGGACGCCCGAGCUCUUCCUCUCAAGACUGGUAGUCCUUACAUUCAUGGGCUUCUUGAUGGCCACCAUGUUCCUACACCCACCAGAUACCAGUCAAGGCAUAACCAAUCGCCUCAGUUUCUUCAUCUUCACUGUCUGCCUCUUCUUCUUCUCAUCAAACGACGCUGUCCCAGCCUUCAUCCAAGAGCGCUUCAUCUUCGUCCGUGAGACUGCUCACAAUACCUACAGAGCCUCCUCAUACACAAUUGCAGGCCUAGUAACAUAUCUCCCCUUUCUUGCGUUGCAAGCAUCUGUUUACGCUGGCAUUGUUUGGUUUGCCUUGGGACUUAGAGGGCCAUUCAUAUACUUUUUAGUGGUUCUCUAUGUUUCUCUCCUCUCAACCAAUUCAUUUGUGGUGUUUGUCAGCUCAGUUGUGCCCAAUUACAUCUUGGGAUAUGCAGCCGUCAUUGCCUUCACUGCGUUGUUCUUCUUGUUCUGUGGCUACUUCUUGAAUAGCCAUGACAUCCCUGGCUACUGGGUAUGGAUGAACAAAGUCUCCACCAUGACAUAUCCAUAUGAAGGGCUUAUAAUGAAUCAGUACCAAACUGACGAUACUUUUGGAAAAAACUCUGACGGGACCAACAUUACCGGUUUCGACAUCUUGGAAGGGCUUCGCAUAGAUUACGGCGGACAACACACCCUCUCUGAAGUAAAGAAAUGGGAGAAGGUGUACAUAAUGUUGGGCAUGACUGUUCUAUACAGGGUUUUGUUUUACUUAGUCAUUCGUUUCGCGUCCAAGAACCAGAGGACGUAGAGAGAAAUCACAGAGGGACAAGAGAGUGUGAUCAUCAUGUAGAUCAAUUUGCUUUUCUAAGUUAUGAUUUGUGAAAGUGAACUGUUAAUUUCUCUUGCUAGCUUCUUUUGCUUAAUAUUUGAAAUUAUGUUUAGAGCUGCAAUAGAUUGUUUUUAUGUCCAAUUGCAGGAGAC